UAUGGCUGCAGCUACCUCCCUGUACGUCUCAGAGAUGCUCGGAAGUCCGGUCAAGUUCAGUGGUGUGGCAAGGCCUGCUGCUCCUACUCCUGCAUCAUCCCCUGCCACCUUCAAAACUGUUGCCCUUUUCAAAAAGAAGUCUGCUGCGGCUCCUGCCAAAGCUAAGGCCGCCGCUGCCUCCCCUCUUGACGAUGAGCUCGCCAAGUGGUACGGACCGGACAGAAGAAUUUUCCUGCCCGAGGGUCUGUUGGACAAAUCAGAAAUCCCAGAGUACUUGAACGGAGAAGUUCCUGGAGACUACGGUUAUGAUCCUUUUGGUCUCAGCAAGAAGCCAGAAGACUUCGCCAAAUAUCAGGCAUAUGAACUGAUCCACGCCAGAUGGGCUAUGCUCGGUGCUGCUGGAUUUAUUAUCCCUGAAGCCUUCAACAAAUUUGGUGCCAACUGUGGUCCUGAGGCUGUUUGGUUCAAGACCGGAGCUUUACUUCUAGAUGGAAACACAUUGAACUACUUCGGAAAGAACAUUCCCAUCAAUCUUGUUCUAGCUGUCAUCGCAGAGGUUGUUCUUGUUGGUGGUGCUGAGUACUACAGAAUUAUAAAUGGCUUGGAUUUGGAGGACAAGCUACACCCAGGUGGUCCAUUUGAUCCACUAGGCCUAGCAAAGGACCCAGACCAGGCAGCAAUAUUGAAGGUAAAAGAAAUCAAGAAUGGAAGACUAGCCAUGUUUUCUAUGCUUGGUUUCUUCAUCCAAGCCUAUGUGACAGGGCAGGGUCCUGUUGAGAAUUUGGCUGCCCACUUGAGUGACCCCUUUGGCAACAACUUGCUCACUGUCAUCGGCGGUGCUACUGAAAGAGUCCCCACCCUGUAA